AUGAGCAGAAAGAAGCAAGGCAACAAUUUAGGUGUGGAGGCCUCAUAUGGUGUGAACGAGGUUGAUGAAUUUGCUGCUAAACGUGAAAAAGUACUCUUUGAUAAAGCAGGGUUAACAGGGAAGCAAUCAGGUAUUGAUACUAAUAGUGCUGAUUUUGGUUUUGAUGAAGAAGAGGAGAUUAUGGAUAUUUCAGAUGAAUAUUCAGAUGAUAGUGAGGAGUUAGAUGCCGAUGAGGCCUAUAAAAAGGUGUUUGGUAGAAGGCUUGAACAGGACGAAGAUGCCGAGGCAGCCGAACAAGACGAUAUAUUGGAUAAUGAAGAUGCAUGGGGUUCAACCCGAAGCGUAUACUAUGGUGCAGACGAUAUUGAAGAUGAAGAGGAUGCAAAAGAGAUUGAGAAGGAAGCUUUGCGCCAACAGAAGAAGCAUUUGGAGGAGCUUAAUAUGGAUGACUAUUUGGGGGAUGAUGCAGAACAUGACUGGGUGAAAGAAGCCAAAGAAUUUGAUAUGGAUCAGUUUGAAGAAACUAACAAACAGAAAUCGUCUAAUGUAGCAGUUUCGGAUGUUUUAAACAUGGAUGUAGAGGCCAAAGAGAAUUUUUUGCGAACUUCGUUCCCAGAGUUUUUCCCACUGUCAAAAGAAUUUGAAAUACAGUUGGAAAAGCUGCAAUUACUGAAAUCUGAAAAGCCCACAGAAGUUGGUAAUAUUAAAAUAAUGGCAUUAUCCUCGUACCUAGGUGCCAUUUCAGUUUAUUUUGCCAUUUUUUUCCAUGAGUUAAAGAAUAAUGAAAGUUUCAGCACGAUGAAAGAUCAUCCAGUAAUGGAAAGCAUUUUAACUACUAAAGAAGUUUGGAGGCAGGCCCAUACUUUGCCUGAAGAACGCUUCAUAAUAGAAGAUGAACAUCAGGAAUCAGAUAAUGAAGUAUUGGAUAAAGAGCUGGUAGAGUUUGAAUGUGAAGAAUUGGAAGACGAUUUAGAACCCAAAGUGGAUAGCAAUGCAGUCGAAAGUAAUGAGGAGGACGAGGAUGCUGAUAAUCUAUUUGAAAUUGAUGUUUCAAAGACUCGUAUCUCUAAAAAACACAUUAAGAAUCCUUCUGAAGAUGACUUUGAUGACCAUGUAGAAUCUGAAAUAGCAGACGUCGAUGCACAAGAGAAGAGAGCAAGAAAGAAAACGCUACGUUUCUACACCUCUAAGAUUGAUCAACAGGAAACCAAAAAGGUUGAUAAAUUUAAAGGUGACGACGAUAUACCAUACAAAGAGAGAUUGUUUGAAAGGCAGCAAAGGUUACUUGAAGAAGCUCGUAAACGUGGUCUCCAUGAUAAGAAUGGUGCUGAUCUCGGUAAUGAUGAGUAUAACUCUGAAGAUGAAGCCGUUGCCAAGUCUAUCAAUAAAGAAUCCGAAGACGAUUACUAUUCACAAGUUAAAAAAGGUAAAGCGGCUAAAAAAGAAGCUCGUAUGCAAGCUCAUAUGGGCGCUGUGAAAGCAGCAAGAGAAGGUAAGUUAGCUGAACUUGCUGAGGAACUUGGAGACAAUGGUAAACGUGCGAUUAACUACCAAAUCUUGAAGAACAAGGGUUUGACUCCAAAGAGGAAUAAGGAUAAUAGAAACUCACGUGUCAAGAAGAGAAAGAAGUACGAAAAGGCUCAAAAGAAAUUGAAAUCUGUACGUGCAGUUUAUUCUGGCGGCCAGUCUGGAGUUUAUGGAGGUGAAAUGACUGGUAUCAGGAAGAAUCUAACGAAGUCUGUGAAGUUUAAAGGCUAA